AUGACCACCAAAGCCCACGAAGUGGCACAUAGGCAGCUCGACAAGCUUAUUAUGAAGAAGCUUUCUCAAAAGAACGAUCUUGCCCUUGAAAUUCGCCCAUGGGGAGCAGCCCAGAUAGAGUCUGGGCCCGACCAAGAAGAGACAAGUGAAGAACAGAAGUUGGCUCUUUUUCAUCUUGCCAGAGGAGACACUAUGACCGAAGCUGGGAUUCAGAUUCGUCGAGGGCUUCCACCAUGCCGCCGGCAACAGUUUUCGGCCGAGUUCCUGAGACAUGGGAAGAAUGGCAAGACGCAGUCCAUCUUUCCGGCAACACACGACAUCCUAAUCAGCAAGAUCAUUGGGGUUCCGUAA